AUGAGUUUUUACUUUUCCGACCACAAUGUGGAUGAAGAGAAUGACCAACACAAUCACCUCUCGGGUGAUGAGGUCAUUUGGAGAAUUAUUCAACAACAUCAAGCAGGUGUUUUUGAUUUGGAUGCUCAUUCCGGUAAACCACCUGCCUCUAACACCUUUUUGCGGGAUAUGGAAGUGAUUUGGUUUGAUCCCGAAAAUCCAGAACAUGCCUCACACAAAGAUGAAGACUGCCCAAUUUGUGGAGAAGGUUACAAAAAGGAUGACCAAUGUCAUGAAUUGGAAUGUCAUCAUUUCUUUCAUUUGAAUUGUUUAAAAACAUGGCUCCGAAAACAUAAUACUUGUCCCAUCUGUAGGAAGGAUGUGCUAACGGAUUGUCCAGAAUAUGAAGAGCGGAAAUUAGAUCCCAAUAGAGGAAAGGAUAAUAUUCAUAGCAUGUAUAUGUAA